CUCUGAGUUCUAGAGCCACUAGAUUUGACGGGCAGAAACUUUUCGCCCUGUCAUGCCUUUACCACGGUUCUCCCGAGAACAUAAACCAGGGAUUGGAGUCCCAUAGGUCUGAUUUAGAGUAAAUGCAGUAAUAUUUUAAACUGCGUUGAAGAGGUGUAAUGAAAAGGAGAACAAUUUGGUCAUUUGAUAAAUUCAGCAGCAGCGAAUAACGGUGGAAGAGGCACAUUCUUACCAAGAUGAGCCUGAUGUCUGCCAUAGACACGAGUACCUCAGUGUACCAACCAGCGCAGUUGCUGAACUGGGUCUAUAUGUCUUUACAAGAUACUCACCAGACCAAUGCCUUUGAUGCGUUCAAACCAGAGUCGGACAUUUCUAUCACAGACUUGAACUAUACCAAGCGCUCCGCUCCUGAUUUGAGCUCAGCGCUGAACUCCAACUAUCUUAACAACUUUUUGCAACUUCAGAGGACUGAGGCCUUGAACAACAACUUCUACAAGAGCUCCUCUCCCUAUGGCUCCCUCAACAACAUUGUGCAGGGCCUCCACUCUUUAACGGACCACUUCACAGACCUGUCUAUUUCCUCGGAGACUCGCAAACCCAGCAAGCGGCCUCCGCCCAACUACCUGUGCCACCUCUGCUUCAACAAAGGACACUACAUCAAAGACUGCCCUCAGGCCCGGCCAAAGGGGGAAGGAUUGACCCCCUACCAAGGGAAGAAGAGAUGUUUUGGGGAAUACAAGUGCCCUAAAUGCAAAAGGAAGUGGAUGAGUGGGAACUCUUGGGCCAACAUGGGUCAAGAAUGUAUAAAGUGCCACAUCAAUGUUUAUCCUCAUAAACAGAGACCACUGGAGAAGCCUGACGGGCUGGACGUGUCAGACCAGAGCAAGGAGCACCCUCAGCACCUGUGUGAGAAAUGCAAAGUCCUGGGUUACUACUGUCGCCGUGUACAAUAGCCACAGCCCCCCCUCCCAUUUCCCAGCCUCUGACGUUUUAUGAAAGAGUGGUCUUGUCGGCCAUUCUAUUCCUGUCACUAAACAGCUCUCAUCAUCAUGUACUGUGAUGCAUUUCAACAUUUAUGUAUCCCACAAAUGUGUUGUUUUUUUUGGACAGUAUCACUGCCACUAUCGUUUCCAGGGUCCUGGCCUCUACCUACAGCAGUUGCAGAUUCAUACCUCUCAGUGAUAUCUAGUGUGUGUUUACGAGAGUCUUUACAUAUUCAUGUAGCAUUCAUGUGUAUCCUCAUAGGAAAUUGUUUUUUGUUUGUAGUCUAUUGUAAAGCACCAGAUAUUGUAUCAUAUACUGUGAAUGAAGGGAUUAUGAACUGGUCAACCCAGGCUGUUAUGUUGACUGAUGUAUUUCAGGUCAAAUGUAUUUCAUUUUAAAACAUAAAGCAUUAAUACAGUGUGACCAGACUUGUAUUUUCCAAAGUUGUUAUGGAUUAUGGAUAGAUAUAAUUUUCCUUUGACAGCAGUAAUAAUAGCUUACAUUGAAAAUGUAGCUGUAGCCUUAGACUAUGUGCCACAGUACAUAUGAAGUCACUGUGUUUAGCAUAUUUGAUAUAUUUGUAAAUACACAUUUUGUGUCAUUAUGCAGUCAAUAUCAUUUAUUGCACAAAAAUAACUAAUAUUUUCCAUCAUUGUAUAUCAAACUACUUUUCUCUAUUUUCUUUUCAAUUAAAUCAUUUUGUUCAAAGACUUGGAAGUAUGUUCAUGUUAAAAAUGUUUAUUACCUUACCGAAAUAAAUGUAUGAAUAAUAGGUGUCGUUAACAAUGAUAUUGUCUGUAUAAAAUAUGCAAUACGUUUUACUAAGAAGGAAAUUAUAAUGUUUAUUGUUGUAGUUAUCAUAUGAUGGUACAUAACUUAAAAUAUAUUUUAAAAACCAUUACCUUUUGUUUAUUCAGUGAAUGAAUAUGAGUUUCAACAUGUUUUGAAAAACCAAGUGCCUAAUACACUUAUCUGUUAAAAGGGUUUUCUUUGUAUUAAGUUUGUUACCAUUCCAAACAUGUUUUAAAGCAUUGAUUUAGCAACAAAAAAAACCUGCACCCUCACUACAAACAUUGUGUUAGAACACCUUAUUUUACAAAAAAUAUAUUUUUAAAGAUGUCUUUGCUUACUGAGGUUAUGCUGUGUGUAAUGUUAUACAGGUUGCAUGUGCAUGCUUUGUUUUGACAUUGUGUCCUGUUUCAAUGCUCUUAACAUGUGAGGCUCACUAAUCUUAGCACAAAAGAGAUGCAAAUAUCAGCAAUGAAACAGCGAUCCUGCUGUGCCUUACUGGUGGUAUUUGAAAAAUGGUAUUGAUGUUGUACCAUUAUAUGAGGGAUAUUUGUAAUAAAACCUUUAAAAUCAA